AUGAAGCUCACCUCGUACCUGGCGGGCGCCACGGCUAUCACUGCCGCCUUCGCUUCUCCGCACCCCGCAUACGGGCAACAGCAACCCGUCGGCGAAUCGCUACCGUUCACUUACGCCGAAGACAAGUCUAAAAAUGGGCCAUCAAGUGUGGACAAUGCGAUCAGCAGUGAUCCCCUGCUUGCAUUCCAUAAGGACCUGGUCGAGAUUGAGUCGAUCUCCGGCAAUGAGCACGAUGUCGGCGUAUUCCUUGCGAAGUACCUCGCAUCGAAGGACUUCACCGUGGUGAAGCAAGAAGUAUCGCCCGUGAAGAAGGGUAAUGAAGACACUGGAGCUUCUAAGCCUCGCUUCAAUAUUUAUGCCUACCCUUCUUCUCUGUCGGAGCAGCCCUCCAUCCUCGUCUCAAGCCACAUCGAUACCGUCCCACCCUUCAUUCCAUACUCAGUCCACCAUGAUUCGGAGACCUAUGACAUCCAGUCUGACUUGGACGACCUCAUCGUGGCCGGCCGCGGCACCGUCGAUGCCAAGGGUAGUGUUGCCGCCCAAGUCUUCGCCGUACUGGACACACUCAAGAAGAACCCGGAUGCGAAGCUCGGUCUGCUCUUCGUGGUCGGCGAGGAAAUCGGCGGAGAUGGCAUGAAGGCCUUCUCCGAGUCGCAGCUGAACUCUGACAGUGCCUACCACACCGUUAUCUUCGGUGAGCCGACUGAGGCAAACCUUGUCUCCGGCCACAAGGGUAUGUUGGGCUUUGAGGUCCUCUCCCACGGAAAGGCCGCUCACUCCGGAUACCCGUGGCUUGGACGUAGCGCUGUGUCUGGUAUCCUGCCGGCGCUAAUGCGCGUCGAUAAUCUCGGCAACAUCCCAACUAGCGAGGGUGGUCUACCUUUUUCGCCUAAGUACGGAUAUACCACUCUGAACAUCGGUAAGGUUGAUGCUGGUGUCGCGACUAAUGUCGUCCCCGCUUCUGCUCGGGCCGAUGUCGCUGUGCGUCUUGCUGCUGGAACUCCGGACGAGGCCCGCGAGAUUAUUCGUCGGGCUGUUGAGGAUGCCACUCGGGAUGUGGAUGCCGAUGUGGUUGUUGAUUUUACAACUCACAAUGAGUCUUACGGACCUCAGGACUUAGACACAGAUGUUGACGGAUUCUCUGUCAUUCCUGUCAACUAUGGAACUGAUGUACCUAACUUGAAGGUCCGUUCUGGCGUGAAGCGCUAUCUUUAUGGGCCGGGAAGCAUCUUUGUUGCCCACGGUGAUAACGAGGCUCUCUCUGUGCGCGACCUCCGAGACGCCGUUGAGGGGUUCAAGAAGCUGAUUGACGCUGCUCUGGAGAGAGAUUGA